AUGCGAGCAGUGCCAAAAGUACGCACCUAUGAUACAUCUAGCGGGAGAACACCUCCACUCUGUUACCUCUCCAUGGCCAUUCAUCAAAUGGGAAUGGACAUUGUCGGACCCCUCCCAGCGGGGCAAGGUAAGACACGUUUCCUUUUAGUUUUAACUGAUUACUUUUCCAAAUGGGUCGAAGCAGGUGCAUUUGCCCAAAUAGGCGAACAAGAAGUCAUCACAUUCAUAUGGAGGAAUAUCAUAUGCCGCUUUGGCAUCCCCAAAGAAAUCAGAUGUGAUAAUGGACCCCAGUUCACCGGUAAAAAGAUGAUUGAGUUCUUCGAAAAAUGGCGCAUCAAGAGAAUACUCUCCAUGCCAUAUCAUCCCGCUGGCAAUGGUCAAGCUGAAUCCUCCAAUAAAACCAUAUUGAAUAUCUUAAAUAAAAAGCUUGAGGACGCCAAAGGGCUAUGGUCGGAGUUGCUACCAGAGGUAUUAUGGGCUUACCGCACCACGCCAAAAACAAGCACCGGCGAAAUGCCAUAUUCAUUAGUCUACGGAACUGAUGCCAUGAUACAUGUUGAGGUCGGAGAACCUAGCCUGAGAUACUCCAACGAAAGCGGACCAAACAUCGACGAGAACAGAAGACAAGACCUCGAGGAGGCAGAAGAACGAAGAGACAUGGCUUAUGUAAGGAUGGUAGCCAAAAAACAACAAGCGGAAAGAUACUACAACAAGAAGGCCAAACUACGACCACUCAAAGUCGAAGACUAUGUUCUCAAGGCCAAAACACAAGCAACUAAAGACCCAAAUGAAGGUUCAUUCAUCCAACCUCGCCACCUUGAGCAUCGAUGUCUCCACCUCAUUAUCACAGUCAGACCUACAAAAUACGAAGGGCUUCUUCCAAAGCUGCUACCUCAGAUACGGCAGUCACCUUGCCCUUUUCAGCAUGAGCCAAUUCAUCGGCCUUAA